GUAACUCUUGCAGCACUCCGGCAGAUGCGUCCGCGGUCGCUCUACCCGAAUGAGGUCUGUGGCAAUGCAGCGAUCGCUGCACUUCGAACCCAGUCUGCCAAGUGGGCCGAUGCCAGAUCGCUGUUGAUGGUAGAGCUUGGAGCCUCGUCGACCAGCUUGGUGCUGAGCUCUCUUGUUCGUCCAUGGCGCGAAGUCUUGAAACUCCUGUCGCAGUGGGGUGAUGGAUCUUUGCUGACAGUGCCGACUCUGAAUGCAGGAAUCACAGCCUGCCACAGAGGCAGUCGCUGGGAGAUGUCCUUAUGGAUACUCAGCAAGAUGAUGUGCUCAAGUGGCGCCAGGCCUGAUGCAAUUACGUGUGCAUCCGCCUUGGCCGGCUGCGAGAGGGGCCAGCGCUGGCAACUUGUGGCGCAGCUGCUGGGUGCGUUCCACAGACUCUCCACACAGCUGGACUUGACUGUGAGCCAGGCAGCUCUCAGCGCAGCUGCAAAAGGCCAUGCGUGGCGAUCUGCAACACAAGGAAUACGCGAAGUUGCGCAGCAAGGAUUUGGGCUUUCGGUUGCUGCCAUCAACAGCGCUGCCUUUGCUUGUCAGAGCGGGAAGCGCUGGAGAUGGUCCGCAGAGCUCACUGGACAACUCAGGCUUGCCGCCGUCCGUCCAGAUCAUUUUUCUGCAACUUCUCUGCUGGCAUCAGCAUGGCCGACCGCCUUGCAUGCUCUCCAGGGCUUCAACUUGCUGAUGCUGAAGUAUGACGAUCUCGCUUGCAGCUCCAUCAUGACGACCCUUUCGUUCUCAAAAAUCUGGGACCGGGCUUUGCUGCUACAGCAGCAGAUUCCCUCCAACAUCGGAGACGUGUUGGCCUGCGAUGUACUGACCAGUGCCUGUGAGACUUCAGGGGGACUGGAACCUGUCCCGGCUUUGCUGGUCCAGGCGGCCUCAGUUCUGAGCUGGCUAAAAGCGCGACAACACAUGCAGUUCUGCAGCACCAACAUGGAUCAGCAGCAUACCAUGGCAAAGCGUGAGCUUGGCCGGGGUCUUGGCAAGUUGGGUGCACUGCCCGAUUUGGAGAACUCUGGCCAGGAGACUUUCGGCGCGCUGUCCGCAGAGGAGCAAAAGAAAAUCACAGAAGCACUUGCGAAAGUCGAGACGAAAGCAGAAACCGCUGCGGCACCGGCAACAGGGGAGACCCCUUCUACCGAGGCGAAGCCUGAGGAGAAGAAGGCAGAGGAACCGGAGAUGACGGAUGAGCAGCUGAGCAUGCUCAAAGCAGCUUUUGAUGACAUUGAUACCAAUGGUUCCAAGUACAUCGAGGCGGCUGAACUCAAAACAGUGCUGGGUAAAAUGAAGGUGGAACUGUCUGACGACCAGAUCGACGCCGUGUUCAAACGUGCAGACCUCAACAAGGAUGGAAAGCUCAGCUUCGACGAGUACAAGAAGCUGGUGUCCGCAGGUUCGGUGUUGUCAGCAGACACGCAAGACCCGACGAAAACGGCCACAGCGCACUGGUGCCCUGACGGCUUUCAGCGAGCGAACCUUUUCAGAGCUUGGCAGAUGCUAUGA